AUGAACGUCUCGUUGGUUCAACUGAAGGAGGACGUGACUACAGAACAAGUAGCACAGCUGCAGACUGAAGUGAACAAGCUGAAGCAAAAAUUGAAAGUCCGACAAGUUGCAUUCUCAGCCUCUCUGAUGGCUGGAGGUAAAUCAGGCAACCAAAAUAUCGGACCCUUUUCCGCAGACACUACCCUGGUCUACAAAAACGUCCAGACCAACAUUGGAAAUGCCUACAACCCAAACACAGGUGUGUUCACUGCCCCGGUGAGAGGAGCGUACCACUUUGAGUGGUGGGUCACUUACAACAAUGGCGGCUACCCUGCAGGUGCUGUGUUGGUCAAGAACUCAGAGAAUGUUUUCAUGGCAUGGGAGAAACAGGGGAGUGCUUCUAAUGGUGUCACACUGUUGCUGGAGGUGGGAGAUGUUGUGUUUGUGCGUCUGGUGUCUAACACUGUGGCGCGUGACAACCAACAUCACCACACCACCUUCAGUGGCCAUCUGCUGUUCCCCAUGUAAGACAGAAACAGCAGCUCUGUGAUAGUCACACAUGUUGUUGUUGUCUUAAACAAGUCUUCAUAGCACUUCAUAGAUUUAAACUGAUUUUCAUCU